AUGACCAAGAGGCCUACCGGUGAGCUGUGUCCCAUCUGCAGGACCCCUCUGUUCAGUCCAUCGUUGUUCGAACUGAUCAAGCGAUACUACGGCGACGUUUUGACUUUCGUCACCUUGUACCUGGGUCUUGUUGUGCUGGGUGCCAUGUGCAAAUAUCAUCCCCCCGUCUUCAUUUUGGGCUUUGUGCUCUUCUCCAAUCCCUUUAGCCGCAUCUUGGACAACGUGGUGGUGGAUGUCAAGCUAUCGCUGGUUGCAUUUGGGCUGCAGUCCAUGCUCAUGCUUGUCUACAGAAUGACGGUGAACCAAAUCAGCGGUCUGGAAGCUUAG